UGUACCAGCCACUCGCAGGCUGGAAGGGGGAGGGGGAAAGGGGUGUGCCCUCGCUUCUGCGAGCGUGUGUGUUAUUCGUCCAUGCACAAGUUUAAUGAUUGUGUGCGCCUAGUAAUAAUUAAUCCUCCGGCUGCUAGUUUAAAUGGGAACAAAGAGGAAGUAAGCAAAGGUGUGUAUGGUGGGGAGGGAACCCCACGUAGCCCACACCUUUGUGUUGCUGCCCAGGAACCAAGGGGCUGAUCCAAAGUGUAUCAGGAAGUAACACAAAUUCCACCAGCCUUUUAAAGUAAUGACCAGCUGCGAAGGAAAGGCAGGGGAGUAGCAGUCCAGUUUGGAUCAUCCAGGAGUGAAGCAGAGAUACAGAUCCAGGAACAACCUUGACGUCGGCUGGUGCCACCAAGCUGGCAAAGGGAGGCCGAAACCCAGACCCAAAGGCCGACAGGUUCGCCUUCUGAGAAGCGGCUGCCAGCUGGGGGUAAGAGUUUUCCUCCAGAUCUCCAUUUUGGAGAGCAGCUGGGUUCAAUUCGGCACUCCGAUAGCUGAUAGCCCCUGAAUGUGACCUUGGCGUUCUCGCAGCUUUCUUGAAGAAUGUACAGUAGCAGGAAGACAUAUGACGGCCCCCCUGCAGAUGAUUAUGGGUAUGACAUCCACUCGCCUCCUCCUCCUGGCUCGUACUAUGUAGAAGAUGUGCCCCAGUAUUUCUACAAGUGGAACUCUCCUCCUGGCGUGGUGAGGAUUUUGGAGGGCCUGGGGAUCCUGCUAAGUGUCGCCAUCUUUGCUUGCGUGGCGUCCACCUUGGCCUGGGAAUAUGGUUACGGCUACGGCAGUCUUUAUGGCAGCGGAAUGGGCAGCUAUUACGGUGGAGGAUACGGUAGCGGCAUGAGCUACUACGGAGGAGGAUAUGGCGGUCUGGGUGGUUACGGCGGUUACGGAGGCUACUACGGAGGAAUGACCAACCCUCGGGCUGCCAACGGCUUCAUGAUCGCCAUGUCAGUGCUGGCAUUCAUUGCUCUCCUGGCGCUCCUGAUCACCAGCCUCAGCAAGUCCAGUGGGUCCCGCUCCAGGAAGUUCUACUUGGUCGUCAUCAUUGUGUGUGCAAUCUUGGCCUUCAUCAUGCUUAUCGCUUCCAUUGUCUACCUCGUGGGGGUCAACCCACGGGCACAGAUGUCCGGCAGCUACAACUACAACUACAGCCCCAUGCUGGCUAUGUGCAACCAGAUCUACUCCACUGGGACCUACAUCAACCAGUACCUGUAUCACUACUGCAUCGUUGACCCACAAGAGGCUAUUGCGAUCGUCUGCGGUUUCCUCCUCGUCAUCCUUCUGUGUGUCAUUUGCUUCUUCGCGAGCAAGACGCGGAAGAAAAUCUGGAGGUACGGGAAAGCUAACAUUUACUGGGACAAGCCGCCACCCUUCCAGGAAGGACCCAACGUAGAGGAGUGGGUGAAGAAUGUUGCGGAUGUUACUAGUAACCACGAUGAGACGGCUACUCUGGCUUACUCAGAAAAACCCACAAGCCCUGUCAAUGCUCCCGCCAGCCCAUACAACGCUCCCGCCAGCCCAUACAACGCUCCCGCCAGCCCAUACAACGCUCCCGGCAGCCCAUACAACGCUCCCGCCAGCCCAUACAAUGCUCCCACCAGCCCAUACGGCUACAGGGUUUCUGCAAAUGGUUACUACGGCACCGAAAACAGAAACAGCACACCUUUACGCACACCCCCUGACAAUCGUGCCAGGACGUUUAGCACCAGCACCUUAGAAGAGAAAGUCAGAGAUACUCCUAGCAAACCGUCAGCUCGCAGGGGACGGAGGCGACGGAGGAAUCCCGAACUCGACGAAUCCCAGUAUGAGACAGACUACACCACAGCUGUGGAGUCUAGCGACGAGCAAGAUCAGGAUGAAUGGAAAAGCCUGUACCCACCCAUUACAUCAGACAGGAUCCGUCAGGAGUACAAACAAGAUUUUGCCUCGGACCUCAAGCAUUAUAAGCAGCUGUGCGCAGAGAUGGACAGCAUCAACGAUCAGAUCAACCAGCUCAGCAAACAGCUGGACCACUUGCCCGAAGACAGCCUGCAGUACCAGGGAGUGGCGGAGGAAUACAACCGGCUGAAGGAUUUAAAACGCACUCCAGACUACCAAAGCAAGAAAAUGGAAAGCAAGUCCCUUCGAAACAAGCUCUUCCACAUCAAACGGAUGGUGAGCGACUAUGACAAAAACCGGAGCUAAGUAACCCGAGGAGACCCACGGCACAGUAAAGGGGGGGAGGUAGGGGGAGAGUCUAGAAGGCUGCUUUCUUCUCCUCCAAUCUCUCAAAGAGCGGUUUCUUCUUUGGUAUUUACCUUGAAGCGGCAUCAUUGGUCUGCCAGUAAGCCAGUUUGGCAAGCUGCAAAAAUUACUGGACUCCGACCGUUCAACUUCCGGAGGCGACAGUUUGUUCGUGGUUUUGUUUUGCAAUCACAGCUCCCUCUCUUUCAUUCUUCUGUAUGUGGAGUGCUGAGGAUUUUUUUUUUCUCUCCUGAAAUUUUAUGUUGCAAAUAUCAUUUUUUUCUUUUGUUUUAAAAAAAAACUUUUUUAAAAAAGAAAAAAAAAUCAGUGCCAAAAAUGAUAGGCUGCUGUUCUUUGGGGAAAAAAAUUGUGCAGUGAUUGGAGAUGUGCAAAAGCCUUGGCUCAACUUUUUGUACAGUUUUGUUUUGCAAAUUGCCUUAGUGUUCUGUCCUCUACUAGGCAUUCUGUGUUUCUCAGUGUAACACAUUUACUUCCCCCUCCCCCCCGCCCCACCAAACCAUAUUGACUCAGCUCCUCCCCAAAAUGGUGUGAUCUUUUCUUCCAUGUGUGGGAAUUUGGGGCGGGGGCAGAGGUGGGAUCCAGCAGGUUCUCACCAGUUCCCGAGAGUGGGUUACUAAUUAUUUGUGUGUGCCGAGAGGGGGUUACUAAUUGGGUCCGCUUUUCCGUCUCCACGCCC